UGCAUCAAUGGUUAGUAGCAUGUAAAUUGUAAAAUCAUGGGCUUCUUGAAACUCCGGCCAAAAAAAUAUUUCAGGAAUCGAUAUGAGAGACCUAAUCAACACUGAAAACCCAAAGAUUUCCACUCUUACAGAUUGAUUUUAUACUUAUUAAGUUGGUCCGUCUGUUAGACUACAUAGCCAAUGUCAGAAAUUCAGAUCGAAGCACUCAACUUAUUCCUCCACGACCAGGCAAAUCUUAGCAAAGAUACCAUACCGAACACUGUUUCUGCGGCAAGAAAACCUAAAUGGAAUUCAGAUGUUUCAAAACCAAACCAUAAGUCAUGUGCAUUUACUUCAUUGUCUGAUGAAUUCAUGCAAACAAAACUGCAUCAUCAACAUGCUCUCAAUAAGGUCCGUAGUAAACGUAUUCGUGCUGAAGAGACAGUGAAACAGUCUACAGUGGAAUGGUUGGAGAAUUAUGGGCUGAAAGCUAAACACCUGACAAUCGAUGAUUUUGUUGCAAUGGGUAAACUUUCGGAGAGUAGGAUGAGCAAGUUUAAUGAAAAUCCAACUGUAACAAUGGAUCAAAUUGUUGCUGAGUUUAAACAAGAUCCCCCGUCACAUCUUGAAUAUGACUUGAAGGAAGUUAAUGAAUUUGAAUGUGGUCUCCACGAAUCCAUUUAUUCUUACACCAAUCGAGUUAGGUGGUUAAUGCAAGAUACAAGGAAAAUAUUCGGUUUAAUUCGUGGUGAAAAUGUUGGCCUUUUGUUAGACAGUUCAGAUGCCAAUUUAGGAUUUAAUAGAGAUAAACAAUUUAAAAAACAUUUAAUUGAAUUAGUAAAUGAACAGCUGAAUUCAAAUAAAAUAAAAACGCUGUAUGUGGCAAGUUAUGGAACACAAAUCAAUGCCUUAUGGCCUUAUCCAAUGAAUGUGAAUACACGUGUAAUAAACGAGUUGAAAUACUUUAUCAAAGAGCAGUUGAUUCCAUCUGGUGGAUCCAAUUUGUUGACUGGUAUAAAACAUAUGAUCAUGUACGGCAGAAAGCAACUGGAUGUGAUCAUUAUAAUAUGCGGCAGUUGUCCCGAUCAACCUGCUCCAUUCAUUCUUCAAUAUAUAGAGCAAAUGUUGGCUGGUUUCAGUCUGCCUCGACUGCACCUAGUCGCCUAUGACUGUCAUAAUCCCGAUGUGAAUCAAUUAUUGGCCCAAGUGGCCACGAUAAAAAACGAUUUCAUUUAUCAUUGUCACUUAUCUGAGAAUGAAUCAGCUGUGUAUACAAGUGAUGAAAUUGCUCGUCUUUUAAAAGAAAUAUAUGAUGCACAAAAAGUUCUUGAAGUUGUUUGUAAUCUCAGGUUACAAAUGGAGAGUUCAUCGACUGUCGCACAGAAAGCUGUACAUGAAAUAAACAUGGCAUCUGAUGCUCUGUGUGAUUCGCCAAUAUAUUCACUACCUCAACCAAUAAAUACCGAGUCAUUGCACGGGAAGCUUCGAUUAAGCCAUUUGGAUAGGUGUUGCAGGCAAUGGAAGCCUUUUCAACCGACUUCUUCAAUUGAAUGGCUACAUAAACAUGGACUGAAAGCUCGAAAACUUAACUUAUUUCAGAUAUUAGCACCGAAUGCAUAUUCUCAAGUUGUUGGUUAUGUGCCAUCAAUCCAACGGUCGGUCAGUGCUCAAAUACAUGAAAAAUGCAUGGUUCAAAUGAGAUGGCUUGAUGGUUCAAUUAAAAAUGUUCACGUGAAUCUUAAUGAAUUGUAUAGAUACCAAAGACAGAUAACAAAUUUGGUUUGUUUGCUGGAGAAACGAAUACACUGGUUAACACAGAAAAGUCGAGGAUAUUUUGGUACAGUUAUCGAACCAAAUGCAAUAAUCCUUGUCGACUUAUCAGAAAAUAAUUCUGUCUAUAUGGUUCAUAUACACUAUUGUUUACGUCAUUUACUUGAGGAACAAAUUUCUACAAAAUCUAAAUUCAAUAUAAUCAUAUUUGGUUCAGAGCCGAAAGCUUAUCAGUUGAAUCUAGUCGAUGUGAAUGUUGACACAUUGCAAGCUUCCUGGGAAUGGUUUCAAACACAUCAUUGUUCUGGCAGUCGUAAUUUAUUAAGUGCAUUAAGAUUAGCUUUUGAAAGCCAAUCAGAAAAAGAUCUAUUUGAACUACCUUUGGGUAUUUAUCUAUUUACAUCAGGCAUCUCUGAUCAAGACAGUGAAGUGAUAUCGUCGUAUCUUGAAGCUAAACGUUGCACCUUUACAAACACUCAUGUACAUAUAGCGUUAUACAAUGUGAAUGAUUAUGAUAUUGUUACAAAUAAACAUUUACCAAGUCGUUAUGCAAAUAUUACAGAAACUGCUAAUUCUUUACGGGAAAUAGCUCAUUCAACACCGAAUGGACGUUUUCAUUGGUUCCGUGAGAAUGGUAUCAUUGAAAGUGAUGAUGUCCGUGUCCUACUGGAAGAAAUCGAUGAAGCUGUUAGUUAUUCAAAACAAGCUCAACUGCUGGUGGCAUCGGUUAGAGAUCAGCGAGUUGUAUCAAAAGAUGAUCAGAAUAAGUCUGAUAGAAGUGUGGUUUCAAAAGGUCUUCUUACUACUACCGCUGCUGCUGCUGCCAGUAAUAAUAACAAUCAAAUAACGAAUGGAUUAACUACUUCAAGUCAACUGGAACCACGCUUAAACUCAUUAACAUUGGCUAGAAAAGAUGCAAUUCAAGCGAAAAUAAAGAGUAUUUCUUUUGGCAACGAUCUCCAUUUAAAAUCCUUAACCUGGUAUCCAGAAAGCCAUUCUACUGACAGAACACAGUCUGCUUCUAUAAGAAAUAGAGUGUCUGGUAGGAGUAAAUCAAGUAUCACCGGGAAACCAAUUCAAAUUGGACGAUUCAACUGUCAGAUACCUACAGAAGAAGAAAAACUUACCAGUCGUGAAUGGCUACGUAAAUAUAGUAUACGUAGUUUGGGACUGAAUUUAACACGUCUUACAUCUGGAAUGGAUUGUAAACAUGAAAUGUCUUUUAUUAAUUCAACUCGAACACUUGUACAUGCACGCUAUUGUAGUGGUUUGUUCCCACUUGUUAAUGUGGCCGGGACACUUCGACAUCUUCAGUAUACACUGGAUGAACUGGAAGCUUUUAAACAAGAAGUAAUAAAAGCAUUGAAACGUUACAUUCAACGUUACAAGUGGUUAAUAACAGGCUCUAGAAAAUAUUUUGGUGUGAUACGUGAAGAAUGCAUCGUCAUUUUAAUUGAUACCUCCGGUUCAAUGGAUAUUCAUAUGAAUGAGAUAAAAACCCAACUGAAAAUUCUAAUCUGGGAACAACUACACAAGAAUAAGGUUCACUUCAAUUUAAUCGCUUUCAAUAGUUUGUUGACUGAAUGGCAAGAUUCAGGUCUAGUGAUCGCCAGUGAAAUGAACUGUCAUGAUGCAGUGGCAUGGAUUGAACAGUUGAAAGCUCUCGGCGGAACGUGUACAGGUGAAGCAAUUCUACGUGGUUUAAAUUAUUUGAAAAAUACAGUGCUGUCGGACCAGAUGAAAACUUCCAGUGAUUAUGACGGUACAAAUCUAAAUAAUAAUAAUAAUAAAAUGACUAAAGGAUUGUACCUAAUUACAGACGGUAAACCAGAUGUGAGUUGUUCUUCAUUGAUUGGGAAUAUUGAUAAAAUCUGGAAAUUCAAUGGAGAAAACACUGACGCUUCUAAGUCGGCAAGGGUUUCUUCAAGUCAAAAUAAUAAUAAAAUGAAACACUCAAAGAAGCGAAAAUUGAUACAACUACACAAAGGCCCACCAAUACAUACAAUUUCUUAUACAAAUGAUGAGAUUGCAGUAUCCUUCCUAAAAAAGCUAUCAAAUUUAACCAAUGGACGUUUUCACAGUCCGCUCAAUUUAACAUCGACAACCAAUGUGCUUUUAAACUAUUUACUACAGUCAAUAAAUGACAUUGAAACUAGUCAAGAUAAUUCAUCUGAUAAUCAAACUAUUAGUGAUAUUUUAUCGUAUCAUGAAAUACAAUCGGAUGAUAUCAGGUUAAUUCAAAAAGAAAUCUGUACAACUUAUCGGACACUAAACUGUUUAAAGUAUUUCCAAGAUGUAUAUAAAAAAACAAAACUGCAUAAGAAGUGAUCAUCAG